UCAAAACCCUGGACUCAGUUUCCGCAACACAUUAGUUUACCCUUUUUACAAACCGAUUGUCUAGAACACACAAGAAACCCGUGAGGAGUGUCCUCAGAUUCAUUGUGGCAUAAGAUGAGGAACGGUUUGGGAAAAGCUUCAUCUGUGUAUAAAAGUGAUGAUGAGGGUUCUGAUGAUAAGCCUUUGAAUGGAUGGCUUAGAGUGGAUUCGAAUCAGCUUACCAGACUGUUUCCAGUACGAAGGAGGAGCAACGUGAUCAGACCUCAGGUAGAUUCUGAUGAGAAAGUUCACGUGACGUCCUCCUCGACGGUUCAGACAAAGACCAGUAUGGGUGCAUUAAUUUGCCAGCCUGUUCAUAACAAACAGAAGAGACCUUUGGUUAAUGAUAUCAAACUGAAUUACUGUUUAAAAACUAAGACUGAAGUGCAGAAGAGAACAAGUUCUUCGAAUCAAUCUUCUGCUAAGAGGCCUAAGCUUUCAGAGCCUACUACUAGGCCAUUGAAUAUGGAGCAGGGCUCGAGCAAUGCAGAUAGCAAAGGAAAGAAUCUGGAGGCAUUCAUCAAGAGGUUGAGAGCUAACCAAACCGUUAAAGAAGAUAACUCAGAUGGUGAUGAUGAUCAUCAUGUCCCUAUUACCUCGAGGAUAAAACAAUCAUCCGUGAAGAAGCCAGACGCUAGUAAAGUGAUAGCUUCUCCAUCCAGAACGAUAGCUAAGAACAAAUGGGUGAAGAAAGAUUCUAAACCUCUACCUUCUAGUAGAGAAGGGCAAAAGCAAUGGACAACACUUGAGCACAACGGUGUUAUUUUCCCACCUCCAUAUAAAUGUCAUGGGGUUAAGAUACUGUAUCAGGGAAAGGCAGUUGACUUAACUCCCGAACAAGAAGAGGUUGCCACUUUGUUUGCAAAGAUGAGAGAAUCAGAAUAUUACAACAAACCACUGUUCAGAGAGAACUUCUGGAAUGAUUGGGAGGAACUACUUGGAAAGAACCAUGUGAUCAGAAAUUUAGAUGAUUGUGAUUUCAGUCCCAUAUAUGAAUGGUAUAGGCAGGACAUGGAGACAAGGAAACAAAUGAGUCUAGAAGAGAGAAUAAUUUUGAAAGAGGAGAAAUUAAAGCAGGAAGAGAAAUACAAGUGGGCUGUUAUUGAUGGCGUUAGAGAGAAGGUUGGAAACUUCAGAGUUGAACCCCCAUGCUUGUUUCGUGGCCGGGGAGAUAAUCCUAAGAUGGGGAAACUGAAAAAGCGGAUUCGUCCUUGUGAUAUUACAAUCAACAUCGGUAGAGAUGCACCUAUUCCAGAAUGCCCUAUCCCUGGUGAAAGAUGGAAAGAAGUUAAGCAUGAUAAUACUGUCACACGGCUUGCUUUCUGGAAUGAUCCUAUCAAUCAAAAAGAGUUAAAGUGUGUAUUUUUGAUAGCUAGCCCUGCGUUGACGCGCCUUAGAGCAGAACGCACCAAACAACUUAGUAACAAGGAUGCAACAAAACGGGAAACAAAGAUUGCUACAGAUCUUAUAGAUAAGCUAUCCCUUGGGGCUGAAGACGAGAAGGUCGCCAUCAUUUCUGACCAUGAUCAACGUACUGUCUCGGAAUCUCACGGACCACAAGUAGAGAGGCUGGCUGUGAAAAUAGAAGAGCUAAGGGAGCAAAUAGAAGAGCUGGAUAUCGAUCUCGACGGGACUGAGGAAGGAGCUGUUGCAACUGAGUUGAUGUCAGAUUUUUUCAUAGUUGAGCCGGUCAAAGCGACUGACAGCAGUGUCCUGUUUUCACUGAGCCGGCUACUCAACUAGCUGAUGAAACUGCUCUUUCACCUGAGAGAGUGAAGUGUGCAUGGAGGACAAUGACUCAAUGGAUGUGGGUGAACAAGGAUUAACUCAAUGAUGAUUAUAAGGGAACCACCUCUUGAAACAGAAACGUUGCAGGAAGGCCUCUUGAACGAACCAUGGAUCUACCCUUUUUUUUUCUUUUUUUUUCUUACUACUCUCUCCACCAUGCUUUCGCUUAAUAAUCUGUC